UAAUUCUUCGGAUUACGCCCCCCUUUUUUAUGUUACAUUUUUUCAAUUUCUAUGAAUUUUUAUAUACAUUCGAAAAUCUUCAAUUAAAAUUUAUCUAUUUCUGUUUAGAGAAUGUGGUUAUUCUUUUUCUUCAUUUUCUUCAAUUCCUUUUUUAAUUUUGUUAGUCCCUAUUCAAUUUUUGUAAAGAUUUCUUGGCGAGAAAAUGGCGAGAAUAACGAGGAUUAUUACAAACGGUUGGCUGGAGAAAAUGGUGAACGGUUUAGAUUAGAAUUGACUGGAGAUCACCUCGACAAUCCAAUUAUUGGAUUGACAGACAUGAACGAUACAUUUCACUUUGAGGAGCAGAAUAUUUACGGAGAUAAUUUUAAAUUGAAGAUAACAAUUUGUGGACUUAUUAAUUUGGAUAUUGGCACGAUUAAUGAAAUAGAAAAUGAUUCAAUAAUUUACAUCAUUCCUCGCAAAGACAAUACAAAAUAUAUUAAAUACAUUAAAGUUGAAGAAGAGGAAGACUUCUUCGACAAUAUGAUUUAUUUGUUUAAUAAUCUUCGUGUAUUUGUUUUUGUUUGGCCCAGUCCUAUGGAAUCUAAUCAAAAAGUUAAUUUAAAGAUUGGAUGCAAAGACAUGUAUAAUUCAAAUUUUGUAGCCAAUUUUAAUAAUAUUGUAAAUGAUGAGGAGGGAAGUGGACAAUAUAAAUCAACAAAUUAUGUAAAAACAUUUAUUUGUCCAGAUGAUGAAUAUACUUUAAUGGUUGAGCACAAGGUAGAACUAACAGUUACUAAAUAUCGCCACACAGCGAUGAAAUAUAAUGGUUAUAUUUAUCAUUAUGGUCAAGAUCUUUUAACUGGAUUAAUAGCAUGGCGCUGUUCAAAAUGGUCGCACAGAGAACUUAAAUGUAGAAAAAGAAUUCAUGCUGAUUCUAAUCACAACGUAGCUGAUGAAUUUCUAGCUGUUGAACACGAACAUCCUCCAGAAUAUGAAAAAAAUUAUGAAAUUGUUAGGAAUAAGUUUUAUAAAAUAUACAUUUUUACCAUUCCCAUAUGUAUUUUUUUGACUUUCUUUCCUAAUAUCUUUAAUGGAUUUAAGAUAACUUAUUAG